AACAUCCUCCCUCCCUCCCCCUCUCCGCCGCGCGCAUCUUUUACGCCAUCACCUCCUCCAGCAUCUCGUUGAACUGCGACCCCAUCCUCCUCCUCCUCUUCCAGGCGCGGCGCGUCCACAGGAUAUUAUUAUUAUUAUUAUUAUUAUUAUUAUUAUAGUGGGACGGACAGGCGGCGCUGGGGAAGAUGGCGCUCAUCCCUUCCCAGAUCCUGAGAGUCGCGAUCCUCCUAUCCUACUUCUCCAUCAUCUGCAACUACAAAGCCAUAGACAUGCCGGCGCACCAGACAUACGGAGGCAGCUGGAAGUUCCUCACCUUCAUAGACUUGGUCAUUCAAGCUGUGUUCUUCGGUGUGUGUGUCCUGACGGACCUCUCUAGCCUUCUGACAAAGGGCACUGCUAGUGUGGAGCAGGAGAGGCAGCUCCGGAAGCUGAUUGGCUUGCGGGACUGGAUGAUGGCUGUGCUGGCUUUUCCUGUGGGAGUGUUCGUAGUGACCAUGUUCUGGACCUUGUACCUGUAUGACAGAGACCUUGUGUAUCCAAGACUUUUGGACAACUUCAUACCUCAGUGGCUAAACCAUGGAAUGCACACGACGGUGCUCCCUUUCAUCAUAAUUGAGAUGAGAACGACGCAUCAUCAAUAUCCCAGCAGGUUGUGUGGACUGUUGGCUGUGUGCAGCUUUGCAGUUGGAUAUGUUCUAUGGAUGUGUUGGGUGCAUAAUGUCACGGGGGUCUGGGUGUAUCCACUGCUGGAGCACAUUGGGCCCAUGGCCAGAGCUCUCUUCUUCAUCUCCCUCACAGGACUCAUCAGCCUCUACUACAUACUAGGAGAGAUCCUCAACAGCUACAUCUGGGACUCCUCAAGGAGUAUGAUCGAUGCUAACAAGGAUAAAGCUGACUGAGUCCUCCACCACUGAGGUGUGGUCAUCUUUGGAAUACUCUCCUGAUGUCAUCACCUCUUCAUUAGGACUCAGUGCAGUGGAGCAGUGGAUCUGACUCAGGAAUGGUGAUCAGUAAUCAGCAUACCAGAAAACUGUUACUGAACUUAGCCUGAUAUAUUUCUUCUCUUUUUAAUUAAGCUCUUAAGACAUUACUCUUCACAGCUAUAUUCCCCUAGGAUCGGAAAGCACAGACCUUUUAGACUUUUGACUUAAGUUAUUGCAGGGACUCUGCUUUUUCCAGAAUACCUCAAUAUGUAUGCCACAGUAUUAAACCGAAUUUCUGUAUUUAAACAUGUUUAAGGCCAGUACUGUAAUCAUAUUUUGAGUUUUAAUUUUAUAUUUCAUGUGUCUUAUCAGGAGGGAUUGAACAAUACCCCAUGUUCACUCAAAAAAGCAUACAGUAACUGAUAAUGAGCACAACAGUAUGCCUAAAGUCAGUGUAGCUGCAGGUGAAUAAGUAAACAAUGCUGAUGUGUUGUGAGGAUGUUGAGUAUAAAAUAAGAACUUAAAGGAGCAAUAAGUGGCAUUUUUCUUUUUAUGUUAAACAUGAUUGGUUUGCUGUCUUUUAAAUGGCAGGUCCUCUCACAUAUCUGGAAAAACUGGAAGUAACCUGCAUGCACAGCCUGACUGUAAAUAAGCAAGCCAUUUUCCUGGUGCAUGGACUGCUAUGAGAAUUUACUUCUCUUCACCAUGUAACGCUCUGUGCGUGCUACCCACAAGUAUUGUCAUUUAAUUUAAUGAUGUGUCUUAUGGUACUGUUUCUUCAUUAGGUUUCCAGGAACAGUUAAUACAAGUUCUGAAGAAGUAUCCUCAUAUACUCCCUUACUUUAUUCUCCAAAGAGGUCUUUAGCAAAUGCACAACCAUGAGUUUCUGUGUGCUGUUUUUUAUUUAUUAAUAAAAAAAUAAUAAUGUUCUGACGGAUAAUGUUCUAAUGGAUUGUCGAUAGUAAGAAUGAACAUUUCCAGACGCCAUAAAAGUGUUCGCGGACAUCAGUGUAAAUUCAAAACUCCAACAAUUCCUUUUCCUUGCCCUCUCCUUCACCAGUACUCACACUCCCACAUCCCCAGAGCUCACUGGGAAAAAGGAAGGGCAGGCUUUCAGUUAAGAAGAAAAAAUGCUGACUGUAUGAUUUAAUGUUUGUCCCAUAUUUUUUCUGGCCCUUUUCUUUACAGACACAGCCUCUGCCCAAAAAACUAUUUCUUUUGUAUUGUGCUGGACAUCCUCUAAAUGAGAAACACAUAUUCCAGAAGGAGAAGGACUUAGCUCAGCAAGAAAUAACAAUUACUUUAUGAUGGACACUUAGGAAAAGGCUGGCCCUUGCCAGCCUAUAUUUACAACCACAAACCUAAAUGUACCUCAAACUAUUGCAUAAGUGUGAAGUGAUAUCAAUACUUAGUAGAGCCACUAUUCACUGCAAUUACAACUGUAAGUGCUUUGGGGUUUGUCUCUACCAGCUUUACAUAUCUAGAGACUGAGAUUUUUGCUCUUGCUUCUUAAAAAAACAUCUCAAGCUCAGUCAGGUUGGAUGGAGAGCAUCUGUGAACAGCAGUUUUAAUGUCUUGCUACCGGAGGUCCGUAGCAUUUAGGUCAGGACAUUGACUGGGCUGUUCUAACACAUGAAUAUUUUUUUAUCUAAAUCAUUCCACUGUAGCUCUGGCUGCAUGUUUAGAGUCAUUGUCUUGAAUCUCCUUCCCAGUCUCAAGCCGCUGCCACCACCAUGUUUCACAGUAGGGAUGGUGUGUUCAGGGUGAUGUGCAGUGUUACUUUUUAGCCACAGAAAGCACUUUGUAUUUAGGCCAAAAAGUUCAACAUUGGCCUCAUCUGACCACAGAACCUUCUAUCACAUGUUUGGAUGUACAAACAGAACUUCUUAUGUCUUUCUUUUCUUCUUGCCACUCUUCCAUAAAGGCCAGAUGUGUGGAGUGCACGACUUAUAGUUCCUGUCGACACCUGAGCUGUGGAUUUCUGCAGCUCCUCCAGAGUGACAGUGGGCCUUUUGCCUGCUUCUCUGAACAGUGUUCUCCUUGAUCGAUCUGUCAGUUUGGGUGAAUGGACAUGUCUUUGUAUGUUUGCAGUUGUAGAAUACAUUUUUUUCAUUUUUGGAUGAUGGAUUGAACAGUGCUCUUUGGAAUGCCGAAAGCUUGGGAUAUGUUUUUAUAACACGGCUUUAAACAUCU